AACUAUUUGACAGAUCUUUUUUCUCUAUCACCAACACGCGCUUCCACACACUGGCUGCCCGACUUGGUCGUCAAAAGCUAGCGAUUUAAGCACUGGCCCAACGCAGGCGAUCAUCUUCGCGACCUCUCAUUAUGGGCAAUAAAUCGACGCAACAUCCUGGACGACCUGAUCUCGAACACGACGAUAGCUCCACAGUCUAUCACAUGAACGAUUCAUACGAUGAUGAGGGAUUGUCUCAAUGGCUGGUCGAUUUCGACGACAUUACAGCCGAUGUGGAACCUGUGAUUCCUGUCUCUCUACUUCCUGGACCGCCUGUGCGCUUGAAUCCACUGCUCUCUAGCACAAGCCCUGUACCCGAGCAGUUUUGUGAUACCAGCAUCAUUCUCUCUGAACGAAGCCAAAUCUCGGACUCCAUGCUAAAGAGAAUGAAUAUCGAUCAAGAAGCUACGGAAGCAAGGAAGUGGAUUAAGGAUUGGGCCAAGGCACUGAGGAAAGUGAAGACGAAACAACACCAGUCUUUGCGUCGGAAGUAUGGUCUAGAGUCGCCUUCCCAGCGUCGUGCUCACCCCUCGACCUUUCGCACAAAGCAAGCCAAAGAACUCCGGACUCGAAUUGCAAAAAAGCUCUUCGCAAGCACCAGUAUCCAAGCAUUUCUGGAACAGAACAUCGACAAGAGGAAGGCUGCAUACUCCAAUAAGUUCAGUGCAACUGGCACGAUUAAAAUUUCAGAUCCUGCAGAAGGUGGUACAGAUGUGUUGGCACAGUGCACUUCUUUCUUAUCCGACGAAAACGCACGCUGUUUCCUCUCAAAGUCCACUCUGAAUCUGCUACCACCCAAAGAACACGCGGUUUGGAAAGAGGCACAUCAACACUUCUGGCGUCAGAAUGCUUUCGUCGUCAACGCUAAAGACCUUCACAAUAUCCUGAACACGCUGGAUGCACGCACUAAGCGUACUAUCGGAAUGAUACACGUCAACAUCGAAGCCCUGGAAGAUGGAUUCGAGCCCUCGCUAUCCCACAACACCUCGCCAUCUAAGAACCUCCGCGGCAACAACACACAACGCAUACGCCAUCAAAACGAAAACCUCAGACGCCUGGCAAAAGAAUGCUACAAUCUCACUUGGCUGCGCGUCCACAUCUACAAUGGUCAACUGGCAGAGCAAAUCCAACUUCUGGCUAAUGCCCAUGGUGACUGUCCACGUGGAUCGAAUGCUUGCAAUCAUACAUCCGAAUACAACAAUAUCUGCAAGAUCAUCCAAACACGUGUGCAGUAUUUGACAUGGCUGCUCUACUCAUCUCUAUCCUUGCCUCCCUCUACCAUCUUCAUCGAUGUCGAAAAUACCUCCCUCGUCCCCCACACUACCACAAUCCAAAACGUCCACUUCGACACCCUAAAAUUGGCGGAAAUGGGGAAAGCUGUUCAACAAGCUAGACAACAGCGAAGACGUGAGCAAUUGGAAAAACUCGGUGAUAGGAUCAUAGAGAGGAAACUAAGAGUUGCAAAGGGGAAGGUAGGAGGGCCUGUUCAUCGGGGGUUUGUGGAGGAGAUGCAGAGGUAUAUCGAUGAGGUUGUGGAGAGAGGUGGAAUCGCGGAUGAGAAUUUUCGGGGCAGGUUUUUGGCUUGGAGGAAAGUUGGAAGUGCGUAGGAGGUGAUGAGAGGGGUAAGAUAGGCAUGGAGGUGCGAUUGGGGUGGGUAGAUGGGAGAUGGGGAUAUGAGGAGAUAGGGAAACGAGGAGAUAAGGAGAUCAGCAUUGUCUUUGUGUACAGCAGAGCUACACCUUCAGACUCUAAACGUGGAUGCUUGAAAUCUCAUCACAGCUUUUCAAGGGCAGGGUGA